AUGUCCAGAGAGGAGCGCUUUAAGGAACAACAGGCAUUCCUAGAGACGGAGAAGAUGGGUACUAAACCAGAAAAGUGCCUUUACGUGUCACCGGGCUGCGAUACUUGUGAGUCAAAAACAGCUUCAUACUGUACACUGUAUGCCUCCUGCAUAGGCAAAACAUCCACCACCACGAGACACACACCUGCUUCUGACAGCGUGUUGGGUUUUUGCGUUUCUUUUUUUUCUUUUUAAGUACAAUAAUUUACUCAGCGGGUUAAGCAUAUCGUAACAUCAACAGGGCAGAAUGCAUCUUGAUUCACUGUGCAAGACUUAAGUAUAUACAACCCACCCCGACCUCAAAGUGUGCAAAACCAACCCACCUGUUAAACAAAGAGAGGACAAUCAAAAUUCAAAAUGGCUUCCGUCCAAUACACGCAUACGUAACGAUAAAGGUCUCUUUUCAAUGCAUCCCCGUUAAAAAGCUUCAAAACAUGCUCGUCAGGCUAGAAAACCCAAAAACGGUUUGGUUGUGCUCCUGUCAGUUCAAGUGAGCCCAGCUCAACUGGGCGAAAAAACAACUUAAAAAAGACCCCGCCCCCUUUUUUUCAAUCUUUUUACAAUAUUGGUCAGUUAUAAUUCAAAUACAGCAUCAACUCUUUUAUACUUUAAACGUCAGAAACAAGAAAGGGAGCGACAGAUAACAAAAGAGGCUUUUUUUUUUUUCUUUUUUAGUACAAUCAGCUUCUUUGACGGAUCAGGAAGCAGAUGCUCGCCGUUCGACAUCACAGCUCUGUUUCUCACUAUAGCCAAUGGGAGCGGAGUUCGCGUCCCGAAUCUUUGCACGAUUAAGGCAGUGAGAAAGCACCAGGAUCUCUGUUCAGGUUUUCAGCUCCUUCGCUGAGCUUGCAUUUGAAAGUACUUUGGAUUUUUUUUUUUUUGGUUCGCCGUUGAUCUGGAUGCAGACGCUGAGCGAAACUACCAAACGAGUACCAUCAGGUUCCACGCAGGGCACCUGCAGCUCGCAUCAUGCGUCUGAAUAUUCUGCGUUUGGAUCAGUCAGUGUGUCCGUCCUUAUACUUUUUCUCGUUUUUUUUUCCUGCAGGUUAUUCGCAGAUUUCAGGAAGUGACCGCCGGCUCAGCUCUAAAGCCUCAAACUGAUUUCUGCAAGAUGGCUGCUAGACUUCCGUUCGCACAACCCCAGCAGUGAAAGUAGCAAAACAGCACGAUGUGAAUCUUCAAGAAGUCGUUAUGAGGGCGAAUUUCUCUGCUGCAGUUUGUGGAUUAGUGUCGUCGCUCGUCUGUCACUGACUUUAUGUUUCUGUCCUGAUUUAAAAAGUUAAUUUACAAAGUUUUCGUUUACGAUAACACUGCGGCUAAUAAACGUAUCCAACAAUUAGCAUCUCCACAGACCUGAGGCUUGGUCCAAACGUUUUGCCGGUUAAGCGGCGCACAGUUUCGGCACAGCAAAGUUGGAUUCAGCGUCUUGAUUAUUUAUUAGUGCUCUAUUUGAACCUUUGUACUGAGUGUGAGGAUUUAAAUUUCUGCUUCCACUGUGCGCCUAAAAAAGCAGAAAACACACUCGUUCAUGCAUCGACACAAAGAUUUUUGGGGCUUGGUUUGAGUUUUGGAAACUAUUACACAUCUGCAGCUGAUUCUGAAGUCGUUAUGAGGGCGAAUUUCUCUGCUGCAGUUUGUGGAUUAGUGUCGUCGCUCGUCUGUCACCGACUUGAUGUUUCUCUUCUGAUUUAAAGUUAUUAUACAAAGUUUUCGUUUACGACAACACUGCGGCUAAAGCUACAUAAACUUAUCCACUAAUUAGCAUCUCCACAGACCUGAGGCUCGGUCCAAACGUUUUGCCGGUUAAGCGGCGCACAGCCUCGGCACAGAGAAGUUGAAUUAAGCGUCUUGAUUUUGGGGCUUGGACUGAGUUUGGAAACUAUUACACAUCUGCAGCUGAUUCUAGAGCCAAUCUAACGAGGACACCACCUCGUUAAGACACUUUGCCGUGUUGGUGAACUGAAAGUUUGACAGCCAGGUUACAAUUCUGGGAUCUUCGGAGCUCGGCUUGCGGUCACCUGCUGCUUUUUUUUUGCUUCAUGCUGUUUUAACGGUGCAUCCAAACUAUGAAGUGAGUGAAGAUAGAAAGGUCCAAACCAACUGAAUGGAAGUGAGGGACUGUGGUCCGCCGUGAGUGGUGAUGUGGGGUCUCUGUUGGUGUGUGUCGGUGUGCACAUUUGGCAGUAAACCAAAGGGAAACAUUGGCACCUGUCCACUCUCUCUCAUCACAGUAGCAUUGUGGCUGGACGACGCACAGACAAUGCGCUUUCGUUGUGCUUGUUGUUGGCACGCAGGGCAGCGAGGAGCGGCUUGGCAGUGCCUGACACUGAGGUGGUUCAGGGCAGGAGACCAGCACCAUGGAGCUCAACUGACCACUAAAGAGGAGGAGGAGUGAGAGUGUUAUGAAAAGGUUACUCCUCUGACGCUCGGGCGGGGUUGUACUUUCUCAAAUCGACCACAUCUGUUGCCCAGAAUCCUCGGUCUGCUCAGGAAAGGCAAAGACCACCAAAGGGGAGGUGGUACAGUGGUAAACAGAGAGAAGCGCCCCUCGGCCCGCCGCUCUAAAGCUGUAACUAGUGAGGAGCCAGUUAGUGACUGA